AUUUCUUCAAUUAUGAACCCUAAUUUUCAACUUUGUGGCCCCUUUUCUAAAACCCUUGUACGAAUCCCACUUUUGUUCAUGUUUCCUGCUUCAUAUCCGUUUUAUAUUUCAUCAUUCAUGGCCGUUCUCACAUGUUUUUCUCUGAAACUAUUGAUACUGGAAGCACCAAUUGUUGUGAAAUCUUUUGAUAUAUUAUAAGAGAUUGAAGAAAGUGAUGGAUCUCUUUUAUAACAGGCCGAUUUCCGAUGUUUCUAGCGAUCUCACGAUCGAUGUAGGGGCCGCAAGUUUUGCACUUCAUAAGUUUCCUCUAGUUUCUAAGAGUGGAAGAAUACGAAAGAUGCUGAUGGAAGCUAAAGACUCGAAGGUUUUACGCCUAAAUCUUCACAACGUACCCGGAGGAUCGGAGGCGUUCGAGCUCGCUGCAAAGUUUUGCUACGGUGUCAACGUCGAGAUCAAUCUAACGAACGUCGCCAAGCUCCGAUGCACUUCACAUUUUCUAGAAAUGACUGAUGAAUUUUCCGAUAAAAAUCUUGAAAUGCGAACGGAAACGUUCUUGAAAGAAACGGUUCUUCAGAACAUAACGAAUUCGAUCUCAGUUCUUCACCAUUGCGAAAGCCUCCUUCCUGUAUCGGAAGAGAUCAAUUUGGUGACUAGGAUCAUUACGGCCAUCGCUAACAACGCUUGUAAAGAGCAAUUAACUUGUGGGUUGUCGAAAUUAGAGAGUAAUUAUCCUUCGAAACCGGUUUUGCAAUCGGAAUCGGAGAAUUGGUGGGGGAAAUCAUUGACGGUUUUGAGCCUCGAGUUCUUCAAGCGGGUSUUGACGGCGGUGAAAACGAAGGGUUUAAAACAGGAUAUGAUCGCCAGAAUCUUGAUGAAUUACGCACAUAAUUCUCUUCAGGGAUUGUUCCUACGAGAUCCACAGCUCGUAAAAGGGAGUUUCUCCGAUCUCGAAUCGCAGAAGAAGCACCGAGUGAUCGUCGAAGUGAUUGUUGGUUUAUUACCGACGCAAUCUCGAAAAAGCACCGUUCCGAUGGCGUUUCUUUCGAGCUUAUUGAAGUCUUCGAUUAUGGCGUCGAUAUCUACCGCUUGUAGGUCGGAUCUUGAGAGACGAAUCGGGCUGCAAUUGGACCAAGCGAUACUCGAAGACAUACUCAUCCCGGCAAAUUCUAAUGGUAACACUCAUAGUCAGUUGUAUGACACUGAUUCGAUAUUCAGGAUCUUCUCGAUCUUCUUGAAUUUGGAUGAAGAUGACGACGAUGAUAAUCUGAUGCGKGAUGAAAGCGAAAUGGUGUAUGAUUUCGACACACCUUCGUCCCCGAAACAAAGCUCGAUCCUGAAAGUUUCGAAGCUACUUGACUGUUUUCUUGCGGAAAUCGCUAUCGAUUCCAAUUUGCCGUCAUCAAAGUUCAUCGCACUUGCGGAAUUGCUCCCGGAUCAUGCUAGAUUGGUCAAUGAUGGAUUAUAUCGAGCCGUGGACAUCUUUCUGAAGGUUCACCCGAAUCUAAAGGACUCGGAGCGUUACCGGCUCUGCAAAACAAUCGACUGCCAGAAACUGAGUCAAGAAGCGUGUAGCCACGCGGCUCAAAACGAACGUCUCCCGGUCCAAAUGGCGGUUCAGGUGCUCUAUUUUGAGCAAAUCAGGCUUCGAAACGCAAUGAACGGAGGCCACAAUCACCUCUUUUUCGGAUCGUUGAACACCCAGUUCCCGCAACGCUCUAGCAGCGGUGCAGGAAGCGGGUGUAUCUCUCCUAGGGACAAUUACGCAUCCGUUAGGAGAGAAAAUAGGGAACUAAAAUUAGAAGUAACCCGAAUGAGAAUGAGGCUUACGGAUCUAGAAAAAGAUCACGUUUCGAUGAAACAAGAACUCGUAAAAUCACAUCCCGCAAAUAAGUUGUUUAGGUCGUUGACGAAGAAAUUGGGGAAACUGAAUACGUUGUUCAAGUUUAAAGAUGUUAGGGGGAUCGGAAGCAGGCCGAGUUCCGAAAGCCGUUUUUUGUUUCAAAAACGAAGGCGUAAUUCCAUUGCGUGAGCGGGGUUUUUUCAACCGGUUUAAAUUUUCGUCCCGUGUGAUUGUGAAUACGAAAGAGUGUGUAUAGUUGUAGCAAAUAGCGAUUCUUGUUUAAUUGUGAGGUUUUCUUGUGUCAAARAUGAUAUAUAAAAAAGGAC